AUGACGCCUGACGCCUCGUUCAUAGACCAGCGUUCUUUAGAACCACAGUGCGACUAUACUUCCAACCAACCAGCUCUCACGAAAAAUCUAAAAUGGCCUAAACAUCUACCAAAGGGACAGGGCAUAGAAAUAUUUUCUGAUGGCUCCAAAGUUUCAGAGCAAGUAGGUGCAGUUUAUGUCGAGUUCAACAACAAUACAGAAAUUCACUCACCACGGUUCAGACUUAACGAACACGUCUCGGUUUUGCAGGCUGAAUCCUUCACUUUAAAGGAGGCAGCUGUCUGGACAGGCAACACCAAUUUUCCAUCCAUCAGCUUCUACACGGAUAGCAUGAGAGUCCUACAGGCUCUGAACAAGAAUGGCUGGCAAGAUUUCGAAUUCUCAUUAAAAGAAGCGCUUUUUAUCCUGUUUUCUUCCAGACAAGUGUAUCUUUUCUGGCAAGUGGGUCGCCUUAAAUUACUAUAUCCAAUGGUUAAUGAAAGCGAAACACCUCUUCCACGAUCAUGGAGUCCUAAGGAUAAAUUUACAUAUAUUGGUCUUUCUCAAAAUAACCUUAGAGUGCAUUACAAAGAGUCUGGUAAAAAUCACAAAUAUGCCGCCAGUGUUCGUGCUACCCACUCAAUACCUGCUGCUUGUGGAUUAUAUUAUUCUGAAGUAAAAAUAGUGAGCAAAGGCAGUGAUGGAUAUAUGGGGGUUGGUCUUUCUGCCCAAGGUGUGAAUAUGAAUAGGUUACCAGGCUGGAACAAACAAUCAUAUGGCUACCACGGCGACGAUGGUCAUAGUUUUUGCUCCAGUGGCACUGAACAACCAUAUUGUCCAAAGUUCACUACGGGACAUGUAAUUGGUUGUGGUGUGAAUUUCAUAGACAAUACCUGUUUUUAUACCAGAAAUGGUCAUCAUUUAGGAAUAGCAUUUACAGAUCUCGCACCAAACCUGUAUUCUACUGUUGGUCUUCAGACACCCGGUGAAGUUGUUGAUGAAAACUUUGAUCAAUCACCUUUUGUUUUUGAUAUCGAGGAUAUGAUGAAGGAAUUAAAAAGGCGCACAGGUCUUAACAUUGAACGAUUUCCCGUGGUUGAUAAACAAAGUGAAUGGCAAACUACUCGUCAUAGGAUCGUUCAAACAUACUUUGUUCAUCAUGGUUAUUGUGCAGCAGCUGAAGUAUUUGCUCAAAGUGCAGGACAAGCCUUCACAGACGAUAUUAAAUCAAUCAAAAAUAGACAACAGGUUCAGAAACUUGUACUGGCUGGACGCAUGGGCGAAGCAAUUCAAACAACUCAGAAUCUUUAUCUUGGACUUUUGGAACAAAAUCCAAACUUAUUGUUUAUGUUGAAAUGUUUACGAUUUCCAUGA